CACUGGAAGCGCAAGAUGGCGACGGCGGCCGCAGCAUCGGCUUCGGAAGCGGAGGCUGAGCCCAAGGCCGGGCCCAAGGCCGAGGGCGAGGAGGUUGAAGCUAAGGAGGCUAGGACGAGGAGGAAGGUGUUAUCGCGGGCCGUGGCCACCUCGACGUACAAGACGGUGGGGCCGGAGUGGGACCAGCAGGAGGAAGGCGUGAGUGAGAGCGAUGGAGAUGAGGAAUACGCCAUGGCUUCCUCGGCCGAGAGCUCCCCGGGGGAGUACGAAUGGGAGUACGACGAAGAAGAGAAGAACCAGCUGGAGAUCGAGCGGCUGGAGGAGCAGCUGUCUAUCAACGUCUAUGACUACAACUGCCACGUGGACCUGAUCCGGCUGCUUCGGUUGGAAGGGGAGCUUACCAAAGUGAGGAUGGCCCGCCAGAAGAUGAGUGAGAUCUUUCCUUUGACCGAAGAGCUCUGGCUGGAGUGGCUGCAUGACGAGAUCAGCAUGGCCCUGGACGGCCUGGACAGAGAGCACGUGUACGACCUCUUCGAGAAAGCGGUGAAGGAUUACAUCUGUCCUAACAUUUGGCUAGAGUACGGCCAGUACUCAGUCGGCGGGAUUGGUCAGAAAGGCGGCCUUGAGAAAGUCCGCUCUGUGUUCGAAAGGGCCCUCUCGUCCGUCGGGUUACACAUGACCAAGGGACUCGCCAUCUGGGAGGCUUAUCGGGAGUUCGAAAGUGCCAUCGUGGAAGCUGCCCGGCCCAUAGCUGGCUUCCUUUCCCCUUUUGACCGGGAACAAACCUUUGAUUCACAGCUGGAGAAAGUCCACAGUCUCUUCCGGCGACAGUUGGCGAUCCCACUCUACGAUAUGGAGGCAACGUUUGCAGAGUAUGAAGAAUGGUCAGAAGACCCCAUACCAGAGUCAGUAAUUCAGAGCUAUAACAAAGCACUACAGCAGUUGGAGAAAUACAAACCCUAUGAAGAAGCACUGUUGCAAGCCGAAGCACCCAGGCUGGCUGAAUAUCAAGCAUACAUCGAUUUUGAGAUGAAAAUUGGAGACCCCGCCCGCAUUCAGUUGAUCUUUGAGCGCGCUCUGGUCGAGAACUGCCUUGUCCCAGACUUAUGGAUCCGUUACAGUCAGUACCUAGAUCGGCAGCUGAAAGUAAAGGAUUUGGUUUUAUCUGUACACAGUCGCGCUGUUAGAAACUGCCCGUGGACAGUUGCCCUGUGGAGUCGGUACCUCUUGGCCAUGGAAAGACAUGGAGUUGAUCAUCGAGUGAUUUCGGUGACCUUCGAGAAAGCUCUGAGUGCUGGCUUCAUUCAGGCCACUGAUUAUGUGGAGAUCUGGCAGGCGUACCUUGAUUACCUGAGGAGAAGGGUCGAUUUCAAACAAGACUCCAGUAAAGAGCUGGAGGAGCUGCGGUCUGCGUUCGCCCGCGCCUUGGAGUACCUGAAGCAGGAGGUGGAGGAGCGUUUCAGUGAGAGUGGAGAUCCAAGCUGCCUGAUCAUGCAGAACUGGGCUCGGAUUGAGGCUCGACUGUGCAAUAACAUGCAGAAAGCCCGGGAGCUCUGGGACAGCAUCAUGACCAAAGGGAACGCCAAGUAUGCCAACAUGUGGCUUGAGUAUUACAACCUGGAAAGGGCCCACGGUGACACUCAGCACUGCAGGAAGGCUCUGCACCGGGCUGUCCAGUGCACCAGCGACUACCCGGAACACGUCUGUGAGGUGUUGCUCACCAUGGAGAGGACAGAAGGUACUUUAGAAGAUUGGGAUAUAGCCGUUCAGAAAACCGAAACUCGACUGGCUCGCGUUAAUGAGCAGAGAACUAAGGCUGCGGAGAAGGAAGCAGCCCUCGCCCAGCAAGAGGAAGAAAAGGUUGAACAACGGAAGAGGGCCCGGGCAGAGAAGAAAGCGUUGAAAAAGAAGAAGAAGACCAGAGGCUCGGACAAGAGCAAAGCUGAUGAGGAUGAUGAGAAAGAGUGGGGCGACGAUGAGGAAGAGCAGCCUGCCAAGCGCAGGAGGGUGGAGAACAGCGUUCCUCCCGCUGGGGAAGCCGAGCCGGGCCUCUCUGGGGGCAGCGCCCCUGCGGCCGCGGAGCCUCCCUCUGAGCGGCAGGAGCAGCGCGCGGCCGCCCGGAGGAGGGACGCGCCCAGGGUGCUGCACGACAGCAGCAAGGACGCUGUCACCGUCUUCGUCAGCAACCUGCCCUAUGGCCUGCGGGAGCCUGCCGCCACGCUCCGGCCGCUCUUCGAGGCCUGCGGGGACGUGGUCGAGGUCCGCCCCAUCUUCAGCAACCGCGGCGACUUCCGGGGCUACUGCUACGUGGAGUUUAAAGAGGAGGCGGUGGCCCUGCGGGCCCUGGAGCUGGAUCGGCAGACCGUUGAGGGGCGGCCAAUGUUUGUCUCCCCCUGUGUGGACAAGAGCAAAAACCCAGACUUCAAGGUGUUCAGGUACAGCACUGCCCUGGAGAAACACAAGCUGUUCGUCUCGGGCCUGCCAUUCUCUUGCACGAAAGAGGAACUGGAAGAGAUCUGCAAGGCCCAUGGCACUGUGAAGGACAUCCGGCUGGUCACCAACCGGGCCGGCAAACCCAAGGGCCUGGCCUACGUGGAGUACGAAAACGAAUCCCAGGCAUCUCAGGCCGUCCUGAAGAUGGACGGCAUGACUAUCAAAGAGAACGUCAUCAAAGUGGCCAUCAGCAACCCGCCUCAGAGGAAGGCUCCAGAGAAGCCAGAGGCAAGGAAAGCCCCGGGGGGCGCCAUGGUGCCGCGGCAGAUCUAUGGAGCGCGGGGGAAGGGGAGGACCCAGCUCUCUCUGCUGCCCCGCGCCCUGCAACGCCCAAGCGCCACCGCGGCCCAGGCUGAGAACGGCCCUGCCCCGCCGCCGGCGGCCACCGAGGUACCCAAGAUGUCCAAUGCCGACUUUGCCAAGUUGCUUCUGAGAAAGUGAGUGGGACUGUGCGAGAAGGGAAAUGCCUUACUUGAUGCUGGCCGGGAAGACGCCCGGUGGCCCAGCUGCGCCCUGGCUGUGCAGGGCCCGGUGCAGCGCCCGUGGCCACACGCUUGCUCUGGUUUAGGUAGGACGGGAAAAGGGUGUCCAAGGAAAGAGGCUUUAAGUGCUCCCUCAUAUUGAGGGCGAGAGGACGAAAACGGUCACUCCACAGGCUGGGCGCAGGGUGCAGUUUCCUAAGAUGUGUCUUAAAGAGUGAGAAACAGAAGUGAAACGCGAACACACCGUUUUGAGACCCCCUUGUGCAAAUAUUUUUGGCCACCUCUGGUCCCCUUUUUAUAAGACACUUCUCUUACACCCUGCACAGCACAUGUGCCCGUCACUCUUUUUAAAAGACAAAAUGGCAGAUGUUAGUAAUUCACCAGAAUGGCCUAUUUUAGUAAAGGGGUGGGGGCAAGGGGCAUCACAUAAAAAACAUCUGAUGGGCUUUUGUUCACGGGGGCUGUGCGUUUUUAUAUUACGUAUUUGUAAAUGACACGUCAACCCACUGUUCUGUUUCCUAAAAGCAAAAUACUUGUGACGUUUGUUUUGUAUAGGAAUUCUGUGCGCCAUCUGCUAUGGAUGUUUUUCUUUGCCUAGUGACUAGUGAACUGUGUUCUUUGUCUAAAUAUUGAGUUUCAGCCCUUUGGUUUUGUUUAAAUAGCAUUGUUAAGUGCAAACUUAAAUUCUCCCUAUUUAGCUUUGUUUAUUAAACUGAAGUUCUCUUAAAAACUUCUUGUCGAAAGGUACCCAGAUGUGCAUUCAAAUAUGUAUUUUGAAAUGGGUGUACCUUGGUUUACCUGAUGGGUGUGUAAAUAGAACUUUUGUAAGUCAAAUCCGCUUGGCACUUUGAUUUAAACCAUUUCUGCUGUGAUAUCUUUGGUUUUAAACUUCAGUUUAGAGCAGUUUGGUGCUUACAGCUUUCCA